AUGUCAAUACACGCUGCAGGGACUGGCAGAGAGGGACAAGAAUAUCAGCCGGAAAGGGCCAGGAACGUCGAGUUCUCCAAUACAGAACCGGUCGGUCAUGGAUACAUCGGCGAGUACUAUGUACAAUUUAUACCAAGCAAGGAUGUUGACUGUCCUGUACAUCCUUGGCACCAAGGAAGGGAUAACAGCUCUGAUCAAGCUCUGAUCGAAUUCAUAGAGAACACGGGAGCAUUCACCCUGUCAGGAGAAUCUCGAGGCGAGAGGCGUGCCCCAGAACCGAAGGAAGAAGAGCGAUGGGAAGAAUAA